GCAUUCCGCCGCGGGUCAGCGCAUGCGCCGUCGCCUCCCGCCAGUCUACCAGCCUUCGAGUCCAACGACCGAAUGGGAAGAACGCGCCUGCGCCAGAGCACCGCUCGGGUUCUCCGCUCAGCAGAAAGCAGUUCUCGGCAGGUGCACCUGCUGGCAUCAGUCGUCCAGGACUGAUUCUUCCUUCGAGUCUGAUUGAAGAAUCCCUACUAUUCACACAUCCUACAACGAGAAACGGCUGCGAGACAGAGUCAGCGUAACCGGGGCGACGUUUAGGAGCGGCCCCCCGCGCGCCCUCCCAGGCAGUUCAAAUUAAGGAUAACCCAGAUCCUGCUUCUCUCUGAAAGUGGCAUCUGAUCGUGCAGGAGCUCCGCCAUGCAGCCGCCGCCGCAGGCGGUCCCGCCCAGCGUGGUGGGGCCGCCUCCCGCGGGGAGCCCUCCAAGCAUGUUCUGGUCCGGCAGUUCAUACAGGAGACAGGCGGCGGCGGCGAGUGCACCGGGGGCUGCGGUAACUGGCCCCCUGCAGCCGGUAACGGACCCAUUUGCUUUCAGUAGACAGGCGCUUCAGAGCACCUCACUGGGCAGUUCGUCCAAAAGCAGCCCUCCCGUGCUGCUGGGCUCGGCCCCACCAGCGUUUCUUCAGCACCCGGGACUGCCUGUGCCUCACACGAAUGCUGGGGACAGCUCCCAAGGACUCCCCGCGCCUCUGCCCAGACCUCUGUCGCAGCCCCGGCCAGCGGCAAGCCUGUUUUCCAGUGUGUGGACCCCUUCGGCACCUGCUGGGCCCGAGCUGAACAGGAGCGCCCAGGCCACUUCCGGCUCUGAACACGAAACCCAGGCUCAGUACAUUCCAGGAGGGGGUUCCAGCACUUCUCAUGGCGGCCCCCCACAUGGGCACCUGCCUGGGCCUGACAGGCCCCCGAGUGGACAGAACCCUCACGAUGGCGCUGCAGCACCCACCGCAUCCCCUUUCUUCUCGCAGCCGCGUCCGCAGAUGCCAGGGCAGUGGGGGCCGGCCCAGGGCGGCCCGCAGCCCUCUGGGCAUUAUUGGCCCCGCCCAGAAGGCCCUGUUGCCAAUGCGGCACCGCAGGCCUCCGGCGUCUCCCGCAUCCCCGCUCUGUCCAGCCCGCCUCAGGGGCCUGCCCACGAGCAGCACCAGCCUCCUGCCCCAGGACCUUCGGUCGACGGGAAAGACGGGGCAGCCUCCCUGCAAAGUGGAAACCACUCAGCGAGUCCCUUUGAUCUCGAGAACACGUUCAGGCAGAGCGUCCGAGGGGGGAGUGCCGGGGUCGGCCAGGAGGUCAGGCCGAGUCCCGCAGUUAGUCAAGAGCAGGGGCCAAACCCUGCUCUCGGGAACCCCUCCGCUCAGGGCAGCAGCCUGGAAAGCCAUUUGCAUUGCCCUCUGGGGGCCGCCAGCCGCGCCCUGCCAGAAGCAGACUCGGGCACGCUCUCCCUGUUCUUCCGAGGCGGAGAGAUGGAGAAUGAGGAGACCAUUUCCUCCGAAAACACAGGCUCCACUGCUCAGUCUUACUUUGACGGUUUCUCCCCCAGCCCUGUUCUGGGCCCUCCUCCGGCACACGCGGGCGCAGGCGGCGCCUACCAGGCCUUUCUCAGAGCCUCCCGCAGCGAGACCGCACAGCAGGGAGGAGACACGCAACCUUACUUUCCUCAGUCUGCAGGCACCCAGCUCGAUCAACCAGCCGCUAAGAAUGCUGCUGCUGACGUGUGGGGUGACACGGCAGGCGCAGGGACUCAUGACGCUGGCAGCUCACACUGUGAGAAUGUGGAGAACUUGGAGUUCACUCAGAACCAGGAGGUUCUACCAAGUGAGCCCCCAAAUUUGGAUGCCUCCUCCCCAGGCGAUCACCCCAGAUAUGCACCUCUUCCCGGGCCCCCGGGCCCCAGGCUCAGUGUCACAGGCCACUCGGUAGGCGGGGGCUCAAACCUCGAGACCCUGGACGCGCCGCUGCACCCCGUGCGGUCUGAUAGCGUGUCGUCUAGUUACAGCAGCAAGAGCCACAGGAGUGCGUCCAGCACAGCCAGGCCCCAGGACCUGGGCACCUUCAUCCAGCAGGAAGUCGGCAAACCCGAGGAGGAGGCUCCCGGGAGCUUUUUUAAGCAAAUCGAUUCUUCUCCUGUGGGAGGCGAGACAGAUGUGACCACCAUGAGCCAGAAUUACCACCACAGCCUGUCCCAGCCCUUGACCCCAAGCCCCCCCAAACCUACAGGGGUCUUUCAGACGAGUGCAAAUAGUUCUUUUGAACCAGUGAGAUCCCACUUAGUUGGAGUCAAACCAAUUGAGGCAGAUCGUGCCAACGUGGUGGGUGAGGUGAGGGGGAGCCAUGCCCACCAGAAGCACAGACCAGCCGCUGCACCGCCCGACGCCUGCCCUGGCAACCUGGAGCAGCCACCAGACAACAUGGAGACCCUCCUGCCACCUCAGGUCUGCCUUCUGCCUCUUCCCUCACCCGCAGAAGCCAGUCACAGGCUCCCGCACCCUGGAGGGCCGCCUUUGGAGACUGUGCCUGCGACACCGGAGAAGAGGCCCUCGACCCGGGCCCAGGGAGCCAUGAAGUGUGAGAGCCCAGCAACGACUCUGUGGGCGCAGAAUGAGCUGCCAGACUUUGGGGGCAACGUCCUGCUGGCCCCUGCCGCUCCUGCACUUCACAUGCCUGGGAAGCCUCAGCCAUCCGAAGUGGUUCAACCUCCAGACAAGGGGGUGUCCGGCCAGCGGGCCCGGCCGCCGGGCUGCCUCGCCCCUCUGCAAGGCGGGGAGGGCAUUGGUGCUUCUGAGAACCUCGAGAACCCUCCCAAGAUGGGGGAAGAGGAGGCCCUUCUGUCACAGGCAAGUUCUGGUUAUGCCAGUCUGUUGUCCUCACCGCCCACUGAAUCUCUGCACAGCCAACCAGUCUUGAUCGCUCAGCCCGAUCAGGGCGCUCACCUGGCUCAGCCCCUUCAUUUUCCCGUGUCCUUGUCCCAUCCCACGGAGAAGACUCCGUCCUGGAGAGAUGCUCGGGUUGGGGACAGAUCUGCCGGGAGCAGCCGGGCCGCGGGGGCUGAUGCUGGAGAAGCCGCGCCUCUGCCUGGGGUUCCAGCCAGCGCUCUCACCUGCUCGCCUCUGUCUCACUGCCUUGCCCAGAGUAACUUCCCACACGUUUCUGCUCUUUCUGAAACGGUUUCCACUCCACCUGCUAAUUUGCUGGUUCAACCACCGUCUCAUCCAGCUCCAAAGAACUUGCUUCCAGGUCAGAAGAGUCCCAGUGCCGAGAGCGCGCUGCCGGAGUUGGUUAGUAGCCCUGCCGGGAGCACAGGCCUCCUGCUGGUGGCGCCCGCAAGCGACGCCUUGGGGCCUCAUAGUAAUAAGGCAGACCCCCCCAGGAAUCAGGAAGAGACUUGGGGAGCCCUAGACUUCACGCUGAAUGGGACUGUGGAGAAGCCUGUGAGAAUGGAUGGCCUGUCCCAUGCCGAUGGCCCCGCUGCUGCUCAGCACCCCACCCCCAGUCAUCCCAGCCCGCCUGGGCCUGGGGCACGUAACCCAGACCAUUUCUACCAACAGGUGACAAAAGGUGCUCCCAACCAGCCUGGCCCCGAGAGAGCCCAGCAGGAGCCAGCUCCUCCCCCACCAGGGCCCACAGCAGCGCCUUUCGAACCCUCAAACCCAGAAAGUCCACCAGCACCAGGGCAGCCCCAGAACUCGGCCCAGCCACCUGCAAGUACGGCUCCCGCUGACCUGGGUCAGCAGCUGCCACCUCGGCCCCCUCAGUCCUCCAGCGCAUCGGCCGUGUCCAGCAGCUCGAGCCAGGCAGCCGUGCCGCCGGGCCAGCAGUGGAUGCCGCCGCAGCCCCUGGACUUGGCGUCCUACUACUAUUACAGACCCCCGUACGACGGCUACCCGGCCCAGUACCCCUCUCCAUAUCCACCAGACCCGGGCACAGCCCCGCUCUACCAGGACGUCUACGGCCUAUACGAUCCCAGGUACAGGCCCUACGAUGGCGCAGCGUCCACCUACGCUGAGAACUACCGCUACCCCGAGCCGGAGCGGCCCAGCUCCCGGGCGAGCCACUGCUCAGACCGGCCAUCUGCCAGGCAGGGGCCUCCUGAGGGCUACUACAGUUCCAAGCGUGGAUGGAGCAGCCAGAGCGAUUACGCCAACUACUACUGCGGCCAGUACGACUACGGAGAUCCGGGCCGCUGGGAUCGGUACUCCUAUGGGUCUGGGUUCAGGGAUCCCCGCCCCUAUGACCGCAGGUAUUGGUAUGACGCGGAAUAUGAGCCGUACAGGAAAGACAGCUACGCCUAUGCUGACAGGCCCGAGAGGUACGACGACCCCUGGAGGUACGACCCUCGCUUCACAGGGAGUUUUGACGACGACCCUGAGCCCCACAGGGACCCCUACGGGGACGACGUGGACCGGCGCAGGUGCACAGCGGAGCACUCGGGGCAGCACUCGCAGCAGAGUCAGGUUUACAGAAGCUGCAAUGUGACCGUGGGGCCUUAUGAGGCCCCGCCGCCGCCAGGCUCCUUCCACGGGGACUAUGCCUACGACGCCUACAUGGGCAAUUUCAGCAGCGCCCAGGGCUUCCCAGAGUACGGCUACCCUGCCGACGCCGGCUGGCCCGCCGUGGAGCAAGCUCCGUCGAGACCCACUUCCCCGGAGAAGUUCUCCGUGCCUCAUGUCUGUGCCCGGUUUGGUCCUGGGGGUCAGCUCAUCCGCGUGAUCCCCAAUCUGCCCUCGGAGGGACAGCCGGCCUUGGUGGAAGUGCACAGCAUGGAGACGCUGCUACAGCACCUGCCGGAGCAGGAGGAGAUGCGCGCCUUCCCGGGACCACUUGGCAAAGACGACACCCAUAAGGUGGACGUUAUUAACUUUGCGCAGAGCAAAGCCACCCAGUGUUUGCAGAAUGAGAGCUUAAUUGACAAAGAGUCCGCAAAUCUCCUCUGGAACUUUAUCAUCCUGUUGUGCAGACAGAACGGGACCGUGGUGGGCACAGACAUUGCCGAGCUGUUGUUACAAGACCACAGGACGGUGUGGCUUCCUGGGAAGUCACCCAACGAGGCCAACCUGAUCGACUUCACCAACGAGGCCGUGGGUCAGGCUGAGGAGGAGGAGGAGUCGGUGGAGGCCCAGCUCUCCUUCCUCACCGACAGCCAGGCCGCCACCAGCUCUCAGGAGAAGGAGACGGAGCGGUUCCGGGAGCUGCUGCUCUAUGGCCGCAAGAAGGAUGCUUUGGAGGCCGCGAUGAAGAACGGCCUGUGGGGUCACGCUCUGCUGCUCGCCAGCAAGAUGGACAGCCGGACACACGCCAGAGUCAUGACCAGAUUCGCCAACAGUCUUCCCAUCAACGACCCUCUGCAGACCGUCUACCAGCUGAUGUCCGGGCGGAUGCCUGCAGCGUCCACGUGCUGCGGCGAUGAGAAGUGGGGAGACUGGAGGCCGCACCUCGCCAUGGUUCUGUCCAACUUGAACAACAACAUGGAUGUGGAGUCCAGGACGAUGGCCACGAUGGGUGACACGCUAGCCUCGAAAGGCCUCUUGGACGCCGCGCACUUCUGCUACCUCAUGGCCGAAGUUGGAUUUGGGGUUUAUACCAAGAAAACCACAAAACUCGUCUUGAUUGGAUCGAACCACAGUUUGCCAUUUUCAAAGUUUGCGACCAAUGAAGCCAUCCAGAGGACAGAGGCCUAUGAGUAUGCACAAUCGCUAGGCACACAGUCCAGCCCCAUGCCCAACUUCCAGGUGUUCAAGUUCAUCUACUCCUGCCGCCUGGCCGACAUGGGGCUGGCCACACAGGCCUUCCACUACUGCGAGGUCAUCGCCAAGGGCAUCCUGCUGCAGCCGCACAGGCACUCGCCCGUGCUCAUCAGCCAGCUGGUCCAGAUCGCUUCCCAGUUACGCCUCUUCGACCCGCAGCUGAGAGAGAGGCCGGAGGAGGAGUCCUUUGUGGAGCCUGCCUGGCUGGUGCAGCUGCAGCGUGUGGAGAGGCAGGUCAAGGAGGGCGCUGUGGUGUGGCGUCAGGACCCGGCCUUCCCCCAGCGCUGUGAGCACUCUGGCCAGGGCGUGUGGCUGCUGCCGUCAGCUCCACCGACGUUCCCCGAGGGAGCGCUGCCCCAGGACCCCCGCGGGAGAGGCUCGCUGGCGGAGCGAAGGGAAGAGGAUCUGGGUGGCAAGUCUGAGAAUGCGGGCUCCCCGAGGAUGCCGCAGGACUCCGAGGCCCCCCCAGUGUGGGGGGGUGCCAGCCUGGGGGCCCUGCAGCCUCCGUCUCGGACGCCCGCUCCCGCAGGGAAGAGCCCGGUGCCAGCAGCCAAGAAAGAGCCCAAGGAGCCUAAGAAGAAUGCCGAGUCCUGGUUCUCGCGCUGGCUGUCUGGGAAGAAGAGGACGGAAGCGUACUUGCCAGACGACAAGAACAAGUCGAUCGUCUGGGACGAGAAGAAGAACCGAUGGGUGGACACCAAUGAGCCGGAGGAGGAGAAGAAGGCUCCGCCCCCACCCCCAGUGUCGCUCCCCAAGGCUCCGCAAGCUGCCGCCCCUGGGCCUGGCGGGCCCCCCAGAGCCUCUGUGAACAUGUUUUCUAGAAAAGCAGCCGGGAGCCGAGCGCGCUAUGUGGACAUCCUCAACCCGGGCGGGUCCCAGCGCACCGACCCGGCGCUUGCCCCCGCGGACCUCUUUGCUCCACUUGCCCCGCUCCCGAUCCCAGCGCAGCUGUUUGAACCAAACCCAGACGCAGAGGGAGCCCCACCUGCAGAAGGGUCUGGCAGGGAAGGGCAGGCGCCAGCUGGGGGUCCAGCCCUUCCAGAACCUUCCUCGGAACCGCAGGUGGUGAGCCCGGCAAACUCGCUCCCUGCUUCUGCACUGGCCCCCUACCCAGUGGACGGUCCCCAGGGGGGAGAGCUUUCGCGCUGUAGCUCAAUGAGCUCACUGUCCCGUGAAGUGAGCCAGCACUUCCACCAGGCUCCCAGUGACCACCCCCCGGCAGAGGCGCCCCCCGGGGCAUCCGUGACCUUCUACAACCCUGCGCAGUUCGCACAGGCCUCGGCCACCUCGGGAAGCGCCAGGCCUGGGAGGAUUGGCCAGAGGAAGUACCCAGUGCUGAGGUAGAUGGCCCUGCUCCGUCAGCACUGGGACCUGAGCUUGCUCUCCACCGACACUCGGCUGACCGCCCGGCUCCCUCCUGUGCCCGAUGGACACGCAGCAGAGUCCUGUGCUCGCACCUCGUGAGGAGGAGCUGCCAGGCGCCCCACAGCUCCCAGGUCCGAGGACAGGAGGGACCUUCGGCCCCCCUUCUACCUAAGAAUGAGUUCAGGAUAAGCCUUUGUAGUCACGUAGGAAUGUCAUGCUGAGCGCAGCCGGACGCCCUUUGCUGCUGGGGAGCUGAGCUGCAGGGACUCGGGCGUCUCGGGCUGACGGCGAGUGGCUGCCAGGUUCGUCCCAGUUCCUCUAAGACGCUGGAGGGAAGAGCAGGCCUGACUGAGCGACCCCGACGCCUGCUCUGCAGCCACGGCCAGCUCCCGCCCCGGCGUCCGCAGCCCUGACAGCAGUCGCUGGCGGUGUGUCUUCACCAGCCUCUGAGGGAAGGCAGAGACGCCGUGGUCAGCGUGGAGCGCUCCUCCCGCAGCAAAGGCGUGUCUGCGGCCCAGCAGGACCACGAGGGUCCCUGCCGCCAGGGGCCUGGCUCUGUCCGCCCGCGAGGGAGAGAGCCAGGGCACAGCCUGGGUUCCGGGUGCCUGGUCCUCGCCGACCAGCCGGUGUGGCUCAGUGAGGCCUGGCUGGGCUCCGGCAGAGCAGCUGUGUGGUGGCCAGCUCUGCGCCAUUCAGCGACGUGCCCUCACCUGGCUGGCACUGUUGGCGACAUCUUGACGAAAGUGGCUUAAAAUACCUUCUUGACAGCAGCUCCUGAAGCUGAUCUCUGCCCCGGGUUCCCCACACGGGCCGGCAGGGCCGACCGGCUGCUCACCGGCCACCUGCCAAGGCUCCUCCCACCGACUCCCUCCAGCUCUGCCUUCAGGCGGUUCUCAGAGCCGCUCCCCUUCUUGUUCCGCCUGAGGGGCUGAGGACGGGUGGAGAUAUUUAUAAAAUCACUAGGAACUAAUUCUGUAGUUCGCCUGGUAUUUUCAAUCUCAGCGGAGGGUCAUGGGAAUGUGGCCUCGGCACAGGUCCUCCGCUUUCCGGGUCACGUGACCGUCUGGGGCGCCCACGGGUGUGAUGGGACCCAUGUUCUUUCGCUGGGAAAGGCCCGGCCUCGCUAGGGUCCCGCGGUCCCUGUCCAGGGGGUGGGGCUCCUGGGGCCUGAGACCUGCUGCCCUCGGCUUCUCCAGCCCCUUGUCCUGUUAGUGACUUGAUUCAAGAAGCUUCCCCGGAGGGGCUAUUUUUCCUAAAUGCAAAUUGUUACACUGCAAAUUGUUAAAUAAAGUAUUUUGCGCUCGGCGCGCACCUGCUUGCUUA